AUGAGUUCAUCAGAAAUUUGCAAGCACAUCAAAUAUGUCUACAAGCUGGCCGUAGACAACUUCCUAGCCAUGAUGACCAUAUCAAUGGCCGCAGCCACCGUGGUUGUGGCGGGAAGGCUCGGCCCCGAUGAGAUCGUGGGUCGGCUCCGAGCCCUUACGCCGGCGCACCUCUUCUUGUUCGGCUUCCUCCUCGUCUCUGCAUUCACCGUGUAUCUAAUAUCGCGACCACGGAAGGUGUAUCUCGUCGACUACGCUUGGGAGCAUCAGCUUCAUGUCACGGCUUCUCCGGACAUAUACCGGUCCAUAUACCAGGAGGAGGAUGGCAAGGGGAACAAGGGUGCCGGUCUCUCCAUGGACCUUAUCCCCGUCGCCGGCCGCACCCUGAAAACCAACAUCACCGCCAUUGCACCAAUCGUGCUCCCAAUCUCCGAGCAACUUUUCUUUGCAAUGUCUUUCGUGGCACAAAAACUAUCCAGCGGGCGUGUUAGGUUGUACGUCCCCAACUUCCUCACGGCUUUUGAGCAUUGCUGCAUACACGCUGGUGGGUCUGCGGUUAUCGACGAGGUUCAACGCAGUCUUGGCCUGUCAGACAAGCAUGUUGAGCCAUCAAGAAUGACGCUGCACCGCUUCGGAAACAUAUCCAGCAGUUCAGUUUGGUAUGAGCUAGCAUAUACCGAGGCCAAGGGUCGUAUGCAUGAGGGUGAUCGCAUAUGGAUGAUCGGGUUUGGCUCCGGCUUCAAAUGCAACAGUGCGGUGUGGGAGUGCAUCGUCCCAGCCCCCAAUAGCAAUGGACCAUGGGCUGGGUGCAUCCACCGCUAUCCAGUGCAUAUUAAGUCUCCAAAAGCAAGGCCGCGGCAAUAA